GGAAGUGGGAGUGGGGAGCUGCAGAAUGGCUGAACUGCAGCGGCUCCGGGAGCAGGAGAUCCCUGCCGCUCAGAAGGCCCUGAAGGACAACGAACACAGCCUCCUCAGAGUGGCUGACUACUGUGAGAAUAACUACCUCCAGGUGGAGGACAAGAGGAAGGCGCUGGAGGAGACCAUGGCCUUCACCACCCAGUCCCUGGCCAGCGUGGCCUACCAGAUCAGCCACCUGGCCGGACAACUUCUGCGCCUGCUGGACCUGCAGACCACGGGGCUUCGCCAGGUGGAGGCCGACGUCUGCACCCUUUCCCAGACGGUGGCCAUGCACAUAGAGAAGGUCGCCCGCCGGGACAUCGGCACUUUGGCCACCGUGCAGCGGCCGGCAUCGCACAAGAAAAUCGCCUACCCGGAAAACCUGCCCACCCGAGGGCCCUACUACCGCAAACCCAUCAACUUCGGCAGCCUGGACCACAUUGGGCACGGGAUCAAGGAUCUGAGCACUCGGCUGUCCCGGACGGGAACUCUGUCUCGCAAAAGUGGGAAGGCUGGAGCAGCCCCUGGCUCAGGCACUCUGGGGCGGGCGGCCCGGGUCCCGGAGCCGGUCCAGUUGCCCGUCGUGCCCGAGGGGAAGCUCUCAGCCGCCUCCUCUCCCUUCCCAUUGACCUCUGGCAGCAGCGUCGAGGGAGCCUGUGGUGGUCCCUCAGCCAAAGGGAUUACUGACCCUCCGUCCCCACCUUUCUUGCCCCCGGCUCCUCCCUCUGACUGCAACUUCCUGCCGCCUCCGGUCCCAGAGGUCUUGGAGCAGCUCCCCCCGCCCCCUCCCCCGCCGGGAGACCCCACCUCACCCACCCCAGCGGCGUUCAUCCCUCCCCCACCUCCGCUACCUCCGCCGCUGCCAGAGCUGGGUCUCCCUCUUCCCCUGGACCUGCUGCCCCCUCCUGAGCCGGAGAGCCUAGACCUGCCGCCCCCUCCGCCCCCCAGCUUCGACCCCGAGGAGACGGCCUGGGAGCCGGACCAGUAUCUGGAGAAAGUGGUGACGCUGUACCCGUACACCCGGCAGAAGGACAACGAGCUCUCCUUUGACCCCGGCACCGUCAUCUGCGUCACCCGCCGCUACUCUGACGGCUGGUGUGAGGGGGUCACCGCCGAGGCUGCUGGCUUCUUCCCGGGGAACUACGUGGAGCCCUGCUGAGCGCCCCCCAUCUGCCCCUCCCAACCCCCCACAACAUCCCUACCCUCUGAAGACCCCCAGAGCUCACGCCCUUACUCGGGGGCUCUCCUCCACUCUGCCCUUCUGCCCCCUGGCCUUCCGGUAACCACAGGUUAGAGAAAGUGUGUUAAUCGUUGUAUUGUACUCUCCCAAGUGCUUAGUACAGUGCUCUGCACACAGUAAGUGCUCAAUAAAUACGGAUUGAAUGAAGGAAGGACAACCCCUACUCCUCUGGGAAGACGCAGCUAACUCCAAAGCGGGGGAUCGCCUACGUGUGUGUGUGUGAGCCCCCAGGAAGUCACCCCAUAUCCCUGCCCCUUUCCCCAGCCCUGAGCACAGCGCCCUGCAUCCACUGAGCGUGCAGCCAAUUAAAUAAAUCGACACGGUUGUGGGCCUCAAGCCGCAAAGAAACCAGACAGCAGGUCUAAAACCUGGAGCUCGGGCAGGCCUCGGUGUGACUGUAAAGCCCGUUGAGGGCAAAGACCUUGGCUUUUCUUUCUGCUGUAUUCUCCCAACCACUUGAACAGGGCUCUGCACACACAGGAAGCAGCUGCUACGGUGCCCUGCACCCAAUAGGACAGUAGGCGGCCAGUACAGUGCCCUGCACAUAGUAGGGAUUGCAACCAAUUCAUUCAGACAGAUUUAUACCCUGCACACAGUAGUUGUUCAGCGACCAACCCCGGCGGACUGAUUGAGCGGUCGGGGUUUUCUGAGUAGGGAAGCCCUUUGCGGGUAGGUAGUAUUUCGUGCUUCUCUUGUGCCUUCCCAAGCGCUUAGGAUGGUAUAUUGCACUCAGUCGGUGCUCAAUAAAUGCCCGUGUUACUA